AAUUCUUUGAAUAAGGAAAUUUCAGGUUUCACCAACUCUCUCCCACCCACCUCUCUACCAAACCCCUCCUUCUCUUCUCAUUUAUAUCUCACACUAACUAUCUUCAUUACGAUUUCAUCUUCACAAUUCCUAAUUCAGAUUCAAUUAUUCACCUUCCAAACAUUUCUCACAUGGCACAAUCUUUAUUCAAAACCACCACGUGUGGUAUCUCAUUCCAUGACCAAACUCGCCACCUCUCCAGAUCCCUCUCUUUCUCCUCAAGCCUCUCCACCUUUCCCCACAGAACAAUGGAUAUGAACGCUGUAAAAUGCGUUAUUGGGGUGGACCAGAACACCAGAGGGAGAUUGAUAGUUAAGUCAAAAACCGAUUUUGAUGAACUGGGUGUUGAUAUUUCAUUGAGUCCACGUGUCAAUGCUGUCAAGCCUUCGAGGACUGUCGCUAUAACUGAUCAAGCUACUGCUCUUGUUCAAGCUGGUGUUCCUGUUAUUCGCUUGGCGGCUGGUGAGCCCGAUUUCGAUACACCCUCUGUCAUAGCUGAGGCUGGGAUUAAUGCGAUUCGUGAAGGACACACAAGGUACACCCCUAAUGCUGGAUCGUUAGAAUUGCGCCAAGCAAUUUGUCAUAAGCUUAAAGAGGAGAAUGGGAUUUCUUAUACUCCUGAUCAAGUUGUUAUUAGUAAUGGUGCUAAGCAGAGUAUUGCUCAGGCCGUGCUUGCAGUUUGCUCGCCAGGAGAUGAGGUCAUUGUUCCAGCUCCCUUUUGGGUUAGUUACCCAGAAAUGGCAAGAUUGGCUGAUGCAACACCCGUUAUUCUUCCAACGUCAAUAUCUGAUGAUUUCCUUUUAGAUCCCAAACUCCUUGAGGCCACAAUUACUGAAAGGUCAAGACUGCUUAUUCUUUGUUCGCCAUCUAACCCGACAGGAUCUGUAUAUCCUAAGGAAUUACUUGAAGAGAUAGCCCAGAUUGUAGCAAAGCACCCUAGGCUUCUGGUUAUCUCUGAUGAAAUUUAUGAACACAUAAUUUAUGCACCAGCAACACAUACAAGCUUUGCAUCUUUGCCGGGAAUGUGGGACAGAACUCUAACUGUGAAUGGAUUUUCUAAGGCCUUUGCAAUGACUGGGUGGCGGCUUGGGUAUAUUGCUGGCCCAAAACAUUUUAUUGCGGCAUGCGGAAAGAUCCAAAGUCAGCUCACUUCAGGGGCCAGUAGUAUAUCUCAGAAAGCGGGAGUUGCUGCAUUAGGACUAGGCUAUGCUGGUGGAGAGGCUGUAUCCAUCAUGGUGAAAGCAUUUAGAGAACGGAGGGAUUACUUGGUUAAAAGUUUUAGAGAAAUUGACGGUGUUAAAAUAUCCGAACCAAAGGGAGCAUUUUAUUUAUUCAUUGACUUCAGCAUCUAUUAUGGAAGAGAAGCUGAAGGAUUUGGUAAAAUUGAGGAUUCUGAGUCCCUUUGUCGGUAUCUAUUGGAAAAAGGCCAGGUAGCACUGGUGCCAGGGAGUGCAUUUGGAGACGAUACUUGCAUCCGUAUCUCUUAUGCAGCAUCCCUUCCUACUCUACAGGCAGCUGUAGAGAGAAUUAAGAAAGCACUUAUCUCUAUUACUUCUGCUGCACUUGUUUAGUGCUGUUGGUUUGGUUGUUGUAAUUUGUGUAUUUUAUUUUUGGGUUAUUUGUGUAAUAUGUUUAUGUUUAUUAUGAAAAUAAUAGGUUGUGUCUGUUUUAACAAAUAAAGUGAUGAUCUAAGAUUACAAUCACAAAGUUGGUACAUUUUCUUUUCUCUGUUUUGUAUGUUACACUUAAAUGAAAAAGCAAUGAAAAGGUGAUACCAAGUAAAGAAA